AUGCUGCCGCUCCUGGCCGGCCCGCUGCUGAUGGGCAGCCACCUGGCCACCGUGUGGGUGUGGACCGCGAUCGCCGUCACCGGCACCUCGAACCACCACUGCGGCUACGCCCUGCCAUGGCUCCGCGGCCUGUCGAGCCCCCGGUUCCACGACCACCACCACCUCAGCUUCAACUCCAACUUCGGCCUCGUGGGCCUCCUCGACCACCUCCACGGGACCCGACACAAGCCCCUCAUCGCCCAUCGCCGCGUAGAUGGUUAG